GCUGAUCAAAUGUAAACACGGAAAUGCCGGUUAUCGGCAUUUCUCUCCUCUCCAGCUGUCUGAUGAUCAGUGUGCCCUGAUGAUCAGUGUGGCCCCAGAAGUGCCACCUGUCAGUGUCCAUCAGUGCCAGCAGUCAGUGCUCAUCAGUGCCACGUGCCAGUGCCCAUCAGUGCCACAUCAAUGCCACAUAUCAGUGCAUAUCAGUGCAAAUCAAUGCCAUAUAUCACUGCCCAUCUGAGCUGCCUUUCAAUGUCACUUAUCAGUGCCAGUCAAUGCCACCUAUCAAUGCCAAUCUGCCACCUAUCAGUGCUGCCAAUCAGUGCCACCUAUCAGUGCCAGUCAGUGUCACCUAUCAGUGCCAGUCAGUGCCGCCUAUCAGUGUGCAUCAGUGCCGCCUAUCAGUGCCCGUCAGUGCUGCCUAUCAGUGCCGCCUAACAGUG